UGGAAUAGGUUUGGGUUUUGUCAUUGUACUGAUCCUGCAGCCUCUGCAAGAGCAGGGCUGCUGAUAUUUGGGAGAAAAAGACCUUAGGAAAUCCUAUGAAUUCGUAAUAAACAUUACAGCUGUUUGCUGCUCCAGACAUUAGGAAGCUGCAGGUCUUUCAAAGCAGAGGAAGACGACCCCUCUGGAUCAAGGACAGGAUGCUAUAAAGGAGGGUCACGGGCCUACGAAAAAAUCCUAUAAAGAAGGAAGAUCUUAAAAGUAGAAUCCCAUUCGCAGCAGAAGGUCCCAGCUGUUUCUGCAUCCUAUUUAAUUGGCGUCCUGAAAAUUUGACCACAAUUACAAUUUCCCCAAGGAUAGGUAUAUAAUUCAUUUUCAUGCAGUCCCAGAAUUAUUCUCUUAUUCUGCUUAAUCCCACGGGGGAGCUGCAGGGGAAACAGUGAUUGUAUCUGUGCAAGGAGAUAGAACGUGGUCACUGAUUUGAUACGGAGAGACAUUGAGAAAUUUUCUGUCAUACAAAACUCAAUAUCUUUUCAUUCAGCUUAUUUUUCUUCUUUUUUUUUUUCUUAAAAGGUAUCAUCCUUUUGGAUUGACGGAACCAUGAAGUAUCAAGGAAAUCUAUAACGGAUCAGGCCUCCGAUCCUAUAGGGAAUUUGGAAUACACUGCGAAUCCCAGCAUCUCAAAUGUGAUUUUUGGCUGAAACCUAUACGUUUUAUUUCUCUGCCUUAUGAGAUCGGGAUAUUCUGUAGAAUUUCCAAAAAUCAAAUAAAAAGAGAGAAAAAUCCCAUCAUCUUGUCAUCUGGAUUUAGUGGAUGUAAAAAUAUAUUUCCUCACUACCAAUUCCUACAUGUUGAGCAAAUUUUUUUUAAUUUUUUUUAUUGAAAUCUGAGCAAACGAUUACGAUUUAUUUUUUUCUCCCACCAAACCAUCGAUAAGAAGGAGGAAAUCCAGACCUGCAAAGUGAAAUUGUAUUGAGGCAAAUUGAUCCUUACACUUUUCUUUUUUGUUGUUCCUUUGAAGCCUCGUAAAAAGACAUGCUCAUUAAUAAACUUACAAUCCGCGCAAAGAAACUAAAAAACACAGCGAUAUCAUUCUUUUAAUUCUCUGCUAUUUUCUGAUAGUUCUGUCUGGUUACUAUUCAUUUCCUCUUCAAUUAGAUGAGUUGUGUCUUCAUGAAUAAAUUGUCUUUUCCUCUGGUUGGAUAUUUAUAGUGCCCAUAAACAAACAACGGAUUAGAGAGACGCACUAAGAAAGCGGAAAAUUCAAGACAGAAAGUUGGAGGAUCACCAAAUGCCAUGGCCAGUCCUGGUUUUACAAGUACUCACUUGGGUCUGAAUUACUAGGCCGACUCUGUGUGCUUCCACCGUCCCAUACUGCCAACUAACAGAGACCAUAAAGGCCUUGCUCGUACCAUCUUGUACUAAUGGAGACCAAGCUUCCUCUCACCCCGACCAGUCCAUCCUCCCCGGGUCUGUCCCCAGUCCUGGCAGCAGACAAAGUUGAUGGAUUCUCCAGACGUUCCCUCCGUCGCUCCCGACAGCGCAGGUCACACAGUUCUUCUCAAUUUCGCUACCAGAGCAAACAGCAGGAGCUAACCCCUUUGCCCCCUCUGAAAGAUGCUCCAGUCUCUGAGCUGCACGAUCUCUUCUGUAAGAAGUUACAGCAAUGCUCCAUUAUCUUCCAUUUUAUGGACUGUGUGGCUGACCUGAAGGGCAAAGAAAUUAAGAGGGCAGCUCUGAAUGAACUUGUAGAAUGCAUUGCAACCAACAGGGGUGUCCUGAUAGAGCCGGUGUACCCUGAGAUCAUCAAAAUGAUUUCUGUAAAUAUAUUUCGGACACUUCCUCCUACUGAUAACCCGGAGUUUGACCCUGAAGAAGAUGAGCCAAAUUUUGAACCGUCGUGGCCUCACCUGCAGUUGGUGUAUGAAUUCUUUCUAAGGUUUUUGGAGAGUCAAGAUUUUCAACCUUCAUUGGCCAAGAGAUACGUCGACCAGAAGUUUGUCCUAAUGCUCCUUGAUCUUUUUGACAGUGAGGACCCACGUGAGCGGGAGUAUUUGAAGACAAUCCUGCAUCGUGUUUAUGGGAAAUUCCUGGGACUUCGCGCGUAUAUCAGAAAACAGUGCAACAAUAUCUUCCUUCGAUUCAUCUACGAGACAGAACGGUUUAAUGGUGUAGCUGAACUACUGGAAAUUCUGGGAAGUAUCAUAAAUGGGUUUGCUUUACCUCUGAAAUCUGAACACAAACAGUUUCUCGUUCGAGUUUUGAUACCGCUUCACUCUGCAAAAUCCCUCUCUAUAUUUCAUGCGCAGCUUGCCUAUUGUGCAGUUCAGUUCCUGGAAAAAGAUUCUUCACUAACAGAGCAUGUUAUUCGAGGUUUGUUAAAAUACUGGCCAAAGACCUGCACCCAAAAAGAGGUAAUGUUCCUUGGAGAGUUGGAGGAGAUUCUUGAUGUCAUUGAGCCGUCACAGUUUGUAAAGAUUCAGGAGCCUCUCUUUAAACAGAUAGCCCGCUGUGUCUCCAGCCCACACUUCCAGGUUGCAGAGCGAGCCCUUUAUUUCUGGAACAAUGAGUACAUUCUCAGCCUGAUAGAAGAGAAUUGUCACACCAUCCUCCCUCUGAUAUUCAGCACUCUCUAUCAGGUGUCUAAGGAGCACUGGAACCAGACAAUUGUGUCUUUGAUUUAUAAUGUACUCAAGACUUUUAUGGAGAUGAACGGCAAACUCUUUGAUGAACUCACAGCAUCCUAUAAACUUGAUAGACAACAAGAGUUGAAGCGUGACAAAGAGCGUCAAGAGCUGUGGAGGAAGUUGGACGAGCUGCGUCUUAAAAAAAUGAACGGUCUGGAAGAAGCUCAGAUGAACCAACUGAACCUACAGCACAGUCGAGGAAGUAAAAGUUAGGAGACCUCUCCCCACUACAUUCCAUCAUUUACCAGAAGACCACUGCAGCCAACCCACCCUCUCCUCCCUGUAUAUUGACCACUCUCUGUUUUGAUCCCUCACUUCUUCCCAAAGAGAGGGGAGAACUGUUACCUCUUGUCGUGACCCUAUGAACAACAACAAAGUCUAUGGGAGAAGACUAUGUCAUUUUCACUUGGCAGCAGCUGUCUUAUCCACUUGUUGUGGGGAUAAAGCAUGCUUGGUGACAUCUCAAAAGUGCAAACCACAACCCGGCACCGACUUUUCUGGGAAAAGCCAUUUAUAACCUCUACAUUAACCAUCCAGUGAAGAGUUUAGAAAGAAUGUUCUCAUUCUCCACCAUGUUUACAUCUUUCCAAAAGCAUAUGGUUCAUGGAAAAUGACACACAGAAAAUCCCUGUCACUUCCUAUCCAGUGGGAACAGGAGCUUCUGAGAAGUUCCCUCCAUCUGACACAUCUUGUAUUUGAAAGCAAGGGCUUCUGGGAAAGCCUGUCACUGAAUCACUUUUGUGCAACUCUGUAAUUUUCUGACCGUGAGAGCAGAGGCUUCUGGGAAAGCUUCUUUAACAGUCAGUAAAUAUCUCUUCCUGUUUGUGAAAGCAGGGGCUUCUGGAAAGGCCUAUGUCUCCUGUCAGUCAAUUUCUGUACAUGAUGGGAGAGACUUCUGGGCAAGUCUCUCCACUAACCACCUUUAUUCCGUCAAUAAGAGCAGAGGCUUCUGGGAAGCCAAAUUGACUCCUAACCCCUCUGGUCACACAAACACACAUCUAUCAGUGAACAGUUUCCUUUAGCACAGCAGAUUUACAAACAAUAUGAACUGCAACAAACUUCAAUCUGGAGAAUUACCACCAUGCUGGAUUCAUGGGAGAAAAGGCAUCUGGGUAGAUGGACUUUCCCCUCUGCUAUUGAUUGUCCUGUGGAUACAAGUAACCUCGCACUAAACAAUGCCACCUAGUAGUAGAAUAUAUAGAUGUGUCCAGGACUGAAAAUUAUUCAAGUAGUCCACUCACCCGUGAUGAGUAAGAAAAUGUAGUAGAUGAGUUAAAACAAAGCAAAAAAAUGCUCUAUUACAUACAUAACAUUGGUGGACUAGAAUCAUUUUCCCCAUCUGCUUAGCAGCUUUUGUUUUUUGUUUUUCAAACUGGCAGAUUUUUGUGAUAUUUUCUCUGGACAUGUCUCAUUUUUAGCUAUUGUGAUUAUCAAAGCAACAAAUAGCACAUUCUGGUAAAAGAUUACACAAAAGACAAGAGAUGGUUAUCUUCUUAUCAAUCAAAUGUUUAAUCAAGUUGAAGUAGGGUCUUACGACUGACCUCAUUGGUUCCAGAAUGUCUUGGACUUUUUUUAAAUAGCUUAAUAUAGUUAAAGCUGAUUUGCAAAAUUAACUGAAAGAUUUAAUGUCAUGGUGCAUGAAAAAUUAUAUGAAUGUGGAACAUUUGGAGGAGAGGAUUUGACGUUCACCAUCAUAUGUCUGACUGUUUUCAUGAACAUAAAGAAGAUCUCCUAAAUCACUUUUCACUGUUCACUUGUUUUCUCUAAUAGUCGUCACAAGAGAUAAUAUGUCUGAGAUUAUAAAUCAGCUCCAUGUUUGGAACGGUAAAGAUAUCUUGAUAGAACUUUGGAACUCUAAGGGGUAUGUUACUUCCUGUCCACGAGAUCAAAGGGGAGAAGCUAUGGGAAAGCUAUUGUUUUAUUUUUGCUUACAAUAGGAAAAGCUUCUGGGAAGCUUUCUUAAAACUGUCCCCUCAUGUCACUUAUUUCCCUUUAAUGCAAUAUCUUCCAAGGGGAGAGAAUAAAUAUUAAUUUUCAAUGUUAGGAGCUAAAACGUCUGGGAAGUAUAGCACAGCCUUCUUGUGUGUUCUCUUGAAAAAAAAUGACCCUGUUACUUUAAUAAAUACUGUUGCAUCGUUACUUGAGAUCUGUGGAAAAAAGGAUUCUGGGUUUAACAAUAUACACUACAAAGGUGCUCUGGUCAGAAGAACUGGCAAAAACGCUAUGUUGCUUGAAUUCGAGGUCAUGGUACAUAGUGACAUUACGGUUACGUAGACGAUAGUAUUGAUAUAUAAAAAGCCCCUUUUCCUAGCAAUUCCACAGGCAGCUAUUUCUAGCCCAUGUUCUUAAUUUUCACUGCAAUAAGCUAAUAGCAUGGGUCAAUGAAGUAACAGAGAACCAAAUACUUGGAUCUAAAGCAAGUUAACCUACUGAAAUUUAAAAAUAAUAUGCUGUUUUGUGGUUAAAGAUGCAUUCAUGAAUGAUGCAAGUCUAUGGUUCAUAGUUUAAAAUACACUAGUUUUGUUUUAGUAUUAAUGAAACCAGAAUUAGACCCAAGAACUAGCCUCAAAAACUGUCUACUCAAACUCCUAGUAUCUGAAAGAGUGAGCGAGAACUGUAGGAAAUGUAGCAUUUUUAAAAACCUUUUUUUGGUUAAGUUUAGUGUUCUCUAAACUGCCAAGGGAAGGAGGAAAGCCUCUGUGUUGUCUUACAGGGGAAUACUUUGGUUUUAACAGAAUGAAUAACACAUUAUACUGUAUGUUUUAGGCUUGUGAAGUUAGCUGAAGGUAGCAACGUAUCUUAUAAACGGAAGAUUGGCAUAGCUAUUGAACAGGUACGGGUUACUGACCAGUUCUUCCUAAAAACUAAUUGUGAGUGUCCAAUCAUUUAGUAGUGCCCUCAAGCAUUGUCCUGAGUGUGAGCUAUGUUUCCGUCAGUUUUCAUCACACUUAAGCAAAAAGCUAUGGCCAGGCAUCACCACCUUGUGCUUUUCUCAACCUGCUCUUCCCUCUGCAUUCCUCAACUUUUGAUCCCAUUUAUGCAUUUGAAGGGUGUUCUAUAACUCUUCAAUUAUCCAUUACUGUGUGUGCUGAGGGGAACCUCGGUUCUCUUAUUAACGGUAUAAAAUAGCCUAUUCUCUGAAAAAAUAUAUAUAUAUACUGCGUUCAACGUUUUCAUUUUUAUUUUUUUAAAUGAUUAUUUAUGGUAUUAUUUAUUUCGUAUUUAAUAUGGUCAGCGUUUGAUCUGUUUAAUUCACUGAGGGGAGGGGAGGAGUGGGGUGAAAACGAUAUUUAACCUGUUCACUGCUGAAUUAAAU